GAAAAUGUUUACAAUUUUCAUUGAUUUCAUUAUUAACAAACUUUUGAUUUCGAUACCAAUCUAUUGUAUUUUAAUUUUAUUUUAGUGGUCUACUGAUCAGUGACCAGUGACUACUACGAAUUAAAAAAUUACUAAACUUACACCAUGAUCUAUGUUCGGUCUAACCCCAGAUAGUGUAAUUUCAUAUUGCAUAAAUGUAUUAAAUAAUAAUAACUGUGUAAACAAUUUUUUAUUUAUGUAAGAACUAUAAACGUACAAUUUAAAUCUAAUUACUGUUUACUUAAAAUUAUUUUAAUAUGGUUCGUGUUGGAAGGUAUAAAAAUAUGUUGUACAUAAAUAUUUUUAAACAUCAAUCUUUUAAAUUUAUUUAUUUAUAUUUUUAUUAUUGUAGUGAUAGAGUUCAUCGAAAACGUUCUAGAAGCCGUUCUCGUAGUCCUCGUCGACAUCGUCGUAGCAGAUCUCGAUCACGAUCUCCUCGCCAUAAGAUACAUAAAUCAUCGUAAGGAAUUUUAAAUAAACAUUUAAUCUGCUUGUAACAUACCUACUUAGUAUUAAAAAUACAUUUUUGUUUUAUGUUUUAGAAAGAAAAGGUUGGUAUAACUUAUAUAAAUAAAAAAUAAUGGUGUAAUGCAUUGAUUAUAAUAUUUUGUUUGACUAUUUUUCUAUACUUGCAUAAGUAUGAAAUUAAUAGUUAAAAAAAAAAAAAACUCCUUUUAACUAAUUAUAUAACAACAUUUUAAACUAUGCAAAAUAUCAACUAAUUAUGCUAUACAAUUAUGGUUUUUGGAGAAUAAUUUUAGCAAUGAUUUUUGGAAGUUAAUAAAUAAUUAUGUACCUAUUAUUGGAUGUACAAUAUUAAUAACAUUAUAAUUGCUUAUUAGAUAUAUUUUAUUCGCUACAAUUCUAGCAACCUUCUGUUUUUUAAGUUUUGAGUUUUCUAAAUUUGUGUUUUUGUAAUUACCAUAAGUAUUUACGAUAAAAAAAAGAAAUUGGAUGUUGCUUCAUUUGGAAGUUAUGGGAAAAAAUCUUACGAUUAAUAUUAUAUGUUAAUACAGGAGAGACAGAAAAAAGUCAAGAUCUCCUCGUCGUUCACGUUCACCUCGUAGCAAAAGAAAGUCACCAGAAAGAAAACCAGAAGAAGUGCCUUUUGAUCCGACCAAUCCAGACAAGGUACAAUUUAUUAAUGAAGUUUUUGAUAUGAAAAAAUUAUGUUCAACAAUUUACUUUAGCCAACAUUAGUUUUUUUAUUACUUAAACUGAAAUGUAUUUUUAACAGAUCGUUCGAUGGCAGUCAGUCAAAAAUGAAUGUUCAGAUAAAUUGUUCAUUGAAUAAUGGUGGCUAAAAUAAAUUUGAGCAAACAUUUUUUUUUUUUCUUUUAUAACAUGGUAAUAGUUUUAAUAUGAAAUGUUUUUAAAGUAAUAAUUGAAUUAUAUAUGUUAAAUUUUAGGAAACAGAACAGAAGAAACUUGAAUUAGAAAUGCAAAAACGUCGAGAACGUAUUGAACGUUGGAGAGCAGAGCGUAAAAAAAAAGAAUUAGAUAAUGUAAAAAAAGAUGUCCGAUCUACUAUUAUGUGUAAGUUAUUAACAUAAUAGCUUAAAAAAAGAAUUCACUGAGUAUCUACUUUAUAAUUAUUAUUAUCUCAAUAUUGUAUAAUUUACCUUAAUAAUAUGCUCUAUGUAAAAAGCGAUUACUUUUCUUUUUAUAAAAACAAGCGUUGAUAAUGUUUUUUAUCAAGUGUUUUAAAUAUAUUUAGUAAUGACAAUUAUUUUAUUUAGAAAUUUAAUUUAAGUAUUAAUAUUUAAAUAUAUUUGCUAUACAUUUCUAGAAUAGUUAAUAAUACUAAUAUUAUACAUUAAUUUUAAAUUUUAGCUAAUCUACAAAUACCAUCUAAAAAAUGGAAUUUGGAGGAUGAUAGUGAUGAAGAAGAGGAAGGUAAAAAUAACACUGACAAAUUUGUUGAGGAAGAAGAAAUUGAUCCUUUAGAUGCUUUCAUGCAGGUAAAAAUAUGUAUAAAUAUUAGUAUGCAAUCAAUUUAUUAUACCCAUUAUGUCUUAAGUUCAACUAAAACUUACCAAUAUUUUCUAUGAAUGAAAUUAUAGGAAAACGGAUAAAUAAAUGAUUAUAAACGGAUAACCAUAAUGGUGUAAUAGUAAAAUUUUUAUAAGAAAUAAUUUAUUUUAGGGUGUUCAAGAAGAAGUACGUAAAGUUAAUAAGGUAGAUGGACAUCGAAGUAAUUUACCUGAUAAAAAUUCUUCUAAUGACCUUAAACAAAGUUUAGGAGUUGAUACUACUAGUUCUGGUGUUGUGAUUGUGUCUGGAGUGGCAAAGAAAAAGGAUAACAAUACCAGAGGUGAACUUAUAGAACAAAAUCAAGACGCCUUAGAAGUAUAAUAAAAAUACAUCUUAAACCAUUCAUAAUAAAAAUGUAUUCACCCUGUGUGUUUAUUAAAAUGUUUUUAGUAUUCAUCAGAAGAAGAACAAGAAGAUUUGAAUGUAGCUGCAGCUAGUUUGGCGAAUAAACAAAAAAAAGAAUUACCUAAAAUUGAUCAUGCUGGUAUGAGUUAUAUAACAUUUAGGAAAAAUUUUUAUGUUGAAGUGCCAGAAAUAACACGAAUGAGUUCUGAAGAGAUUGAAAAAUACAAAGAGGUACCUAAAUUUAAAUUAAUAAAUUUGAUGUAGGUAUUAAUGUAUAAUUUGUUUUCUUUAACUAGGAAUUAGAGGGUGUAAGAGUAAAAGGUAAAGGAUGUCCCCGACCAAUAAAAGUAUGGGCUCAUUGUGGUGUAAGCAAAAAGAUCAUGGAUAAUUUAAAAAAACAUAAUUAUGAAAAACCUACUCCCAUACAAGCACAAGCUAUACCCGCUAUAAUGUCUGGACGUGAUCUUAUUGGUAUUGCAAAGACUGGAAGUGGUAAAACCUUGGCAUUUUUACUGCCCAUGUUUAGGCACAUUAUGGAUCAGCCGCCUUUGGAAGACACUGAUGGACCAAUUGGUCUGUACCAAAAUUAUUGAAUCUUAAGUUUAAUUUUUUAUCUUAAAUCUCAUUUUCUAUUUUUAAAUAUAAUAGCAAUACAAUUUUUUGAAAUGAUUAGUGAUGUUCAAUAUACAAGACUAUUCACAUUUAAAUCAUAGAUAUAAUUGUUUUUCUCUUUUAUUCAAUGUUUGACUCAUUAAACCUAUUGCAAGGUGUACGAACUACGCAGUUCAUAUCUUAUUAUGUCUAUGAUUUAAAUAGAUAAAAUAUUAUCUUUAUUUUAUUUUCAAUGGCCAUUAGAUUAAGAUAAUUUUAAUAGUAUAAUGUAUGUUAUUAUUGAUUUAGCAAUUGUUAUGGCUCCUACAAGAGAGCUUUGCAUGCAAACUGGAAAAGAAGCACGUAAAUUUACUAAAAGCUUAGGGUUAAGAGUUGUGUCUGUUUAUGGAGGUACUGGAAUAUCUGAACAAAUUGCAGAACUAAAACGUGGUGCUGAAAUUAUUGUAUGUACUCCUGGAAGAAUGAUUGAUAUGCUAGCCGCAAAUAAUGGUAAAACAUAAAAGCAAUUUAAAAUUAUUUUUCUUGAACUAAGUUAAAUUGAUAUGAAUAUUAUAACUAGAUUGUUAUUUUUAUAUAUAUAGGCAGAGUUACUAAUUUAAGACGAGUAACAUAUGUAGUAUUGGAUGAGGCUGAUCGUAUGUUUGAUAUGGGAUUUGAACCUCAAGUAAUGCGUGUAAUUGAUAAUAUACGUCCAGAUCGUCAAACUGUUAUGUUCAGUGCCACAUUUCCUCGUCAGAUGGAAGCUUUAGCAAGACGUAUAUUACAAAAACCUGUUGAAGUCCAAGUAUGAUUUUGUGGUUCUUUUGGUUUUAAACAGUAUUUUAUUUAUUUAAUUUUGUUAAUAGAUUGGAGGUAGAAGUGUCGUGGCCAAAGAAGUUGAGCAGCAUGUAAUAAUUGUAGAAGAAGACCAAAAAUUCAUGAAAUUACUUGAGGUUUUAGGAAUGUAUUAUGAAAAAGGGAGUUGUAUUGUUUUUGUAGAUACUCAUGAGAAUGCUGAUUCACUUUUACAAAAAUUAUUAAAAGCUUCAUACCCCUGUAUGUCAUUACAUGGUGCUAUAGAUCAAUAUGAUAGAGAUAGUACAAUUGUUGAUUUUAAAAGUGGUCAAGUCAAACUGUUAGUGGCUACAUCUGUUGCAGCCAGAGGAUUAGAUGUCAAAGAUUUGAUAUUGGUAGUUAACUAUGAUUGCCCUAAUCAUUAUGAAGACUAUGUUCAUCGAUGUGGGAGAACUGGAAGGUAAUAAAUAUUAAACAAUCAAAAUAAUAAUGAUAACAAUCUUAUAUUUUUCUAUAAAUAUUUUUUUUUUGUAUAUCGUUUCUGUAAUAAAUAAAAUAUCAAGAGGACACCAGAUCUACAUUUACAAAUUGUCUUACAAACACUAGGUGUAUCAAAUUUGUAUUAAAUAAGUCAUAUUUUGUGUUGUUAGUUUUGAUAUUAGAGUGAAUUGAUUUAUUACCAAUUUUGAAGGUAAGAAUAUUAUCUGUAUCUUUUGUUUAAUAUUUCAAUUUGUAAGUGAGAUAUAAGAUCUUGCACAGAUAAUCUUACCUUUUAAGUUUAGCAACACUCUUAAUAUUAAAAUUAACAGCAUAACUUUUAUCAUACUGAAUUCAAAUUUAUUUCUUUGUGCGAUUGUAAGACAGAUAUGGUGGCGUUCUAUCAAAAUAAAUCUUUAGAAUACUUACUCUUCUAUACUAAUAUAUGACAUGAGUUAUAUAUUCAACUAUAUUGUUUAUAUAUAUAUAAAUAAUAUUAUGGUUGUAAAUAAAUUACAAUUAAAAUUUUAGAGCAGGUAAUAAAGGAUUUGCUUACACGUUAGUUUCACUUGAUCAAGAAAGAUUUGCCGGUGAUUUAAUAAGGGCUUUAGAAACAUCCAAUGUACCUGUACAGGAAUCAUUAAGGACUAUGUGGCUACGUUAUCAAGCAAAACAAGCUGCAGUAAGUAGUAUGAUUUAAAUGGUAAUAUUUUAUUCUUGAAUGUUUAUCCUGUUUCCAUUGUCAUUUUAUUUAAUGAUUACUCAAAACGAAAAUGUUUAAUAUUUUAACAAAUAACUAUAACUUUUACAACUGUACAACAUAAUUAUUAUAAUUUUUCCUUUACUCUUUAGGAAGGAAAGCAAGUUCAUACUGGUGGUGGUUUUAGUGGAAAAGGAUUUAAAUUUGACGAAACAGAGGCAGUCAUGGCAAAUGAGAAAAAAAAAUUACAAAAAGCUGCUCUUGGUCUCCAAGAUUCCGAUGAUGAAGACAUAGAAGGAGAUAUUGAUCAACAAAUUGAAACGAUGCUUGCUCCCAAGCGGAUAGUUAAAGAAGUGAAAGCUAGUACUAUUGGACUUCCAAACCUAACAGGCCUAAGUAUGUAUUUUUCCUAUAGUUAUCAAUUUGUAUACAUAUAUAUUACUAUUGGUUGUUGGUUUAAGAUAUUUUUAAAUAAAAAAAAUUGGAACAGUAUAGUCUUAAUGGCAAGAUUUUUAUACAAAUAAUAAAAUAAUUAGUAUUAAAUAAUAUAUCUAUUAUGUAUUAUAUUCGAUAUUUUUUUCUUAUAAUUACUAUAGCCUUGCACUAUGGUUCAUUUAUUCUUCUAUAUUAUCUUUUUGUAAACUACAACCAAUAUUUUAUUUAUUUUGUUUCAAAAUUAUAUAUCUAUAAAAUGGCUAACCUAGAUUUUUUUUACAAUAAACAAUUUUUAUUGAAUAAUAUAAAUAUCAAUUUUUUUUCAAAAUUUGUCAAGACUAUUUUUUAUGAAAUUAAGUUGUUUAAUUUGAAAUAUAACCAUAAUUUAAUCAUAUUUGUAACAAUUAAAAAAAAAUCAAAAACUUGUUAACUUGUUUUAACUUGGUUAAUUUUCAUUAAAUUUUAAUAUACAUUUUAAUUGGUUUUAUAAUGAUGUUUAUUUUUUUAUAAUCUGUUAACUUUUCUACCAAAAAUCUUGCCCUGAUUUUUAAGUGUGGUACCUUUUUUGAAAGGAAUUAAUUUUAUCUGGGUGGUAAUUUAGGGAAUCAUUUUUUAUACCAAUUAGGAAAAACUUAGGAAAAGUGGGAGAAUGUACUAAAUGUAUUAUUUCAAUUUUUGUUUUGUGAUUUAGUUAAAAUAUUCAUAGAUACUUGUAAUUACUUGAAAACUUAUAUUUAUCUUUUCUAGACCUAAAAUGUUUAAAAUAUUUUAAUUUUUCGAGUUUUUUACUUAAUUUUUAUUCAGUAAGUACUCUAUUUAUAACAAUUUUUAAAACAAACAGAAUUGCUUGAAAAUUUAAUCGAAUGUUCGUUAUGUCGUAUUUAUCUUUAUAAGAAUUUUAAUAUCAAAUUUUUAACCAAAAUCAUAAAUACUACUGUCUCUCAAUUAACCGAACUCCAUUCGUUAUAGUAUUUUAUAAGGUUGGUUAAUAAUUAAUGAUUUCCCUUUACAUCCUACCAUUGUUAGAAAUAUGUUUAGUCUUUUUUAAAACUGCUUUAAAAAAUAUAAUUAUAAUUAAAUGGUGGUGUUGAAAAUUAAAUAACUAAAUUGCAUAAAAAAAAUGUUUUAAAAUUAUUCAUACUGUUUAAUAUAUGUAUAUUAUAUUUUUUUAGUGGAAGUUAAUGGAGCUCCUCAAGCAUCAGAGCGUCUAGAAUUAGCCAAACGCUUGGCUUCACGUAUCCAUAUAGCUAAAAACCUUGGUCCAGAUGCUAAAGGUGCUUCACAGCAAACUGCAGAAGCCAUAUUAAAAGGAGGACUUGCCAGUUCUCAACCUGUUAUUACUGCUAAGACUGUUGCUGAACAAUUAGCAGCCAAAUUAAAUACACGAUUGAAUUAUCAACCAAAAGAUGAUGAUGGUGAAAGUGAAUGUGGUGAUGGUCCUGAAGCUGGAAUGGAAGAAAUAUUUAGAAAAUAUGAAGAAGAAUUAGAAAUUAAUGAUUUUCCUCAGCAGGCUAGGUGGAGAGUUACAUCUAAGGUUAGUAAAAAUAUUUCAUUUAAUUUAUUCAUAUAUUUUUUAUAUUUUAAUUAUAAAUUUUAGGAGGCGUUAGCUCAAAUAUCAGAAUAUUCAGAGGCAGGUAUCACAGUAAGAGGUACUUAUUACCCGCCACCUAAAAAUCCUCCUGAAGGAGAACGUAAACUGUUUUUAGCCAUUGAAAGUACUGAUGAAUUGGCAGUUUCUAAAGCAAAAAUAGAAAUUACUCGUCUUAUAAAAGAAGAAUUAUUGAAAAUGCAGACUUCUGCACAUCAUAUGGUUAAUAAAGCUCGAUAUAAAGUUUUAUAAUAAAUACAAUUUUUUUAAAAGUAUAAAACAACUUUUUAUUCACUACGAUUUUAAUUUUAAUAUACAUUUUAAUUUUUAUGCGUCUUUACUUAGUUCCUUCAUAGUUAGUAAUCGCUUUCUAUAACAAAAAAAAUUGAAUUCAUUAAAUAGACUAAUUAUUAUGCAAUAAUUGAAAAUUCUACAUACAUUAAAUGUUUUUUUAACAUGAUUCAACACUUUAUUAAGCUCUUGAAUGCCACGUUUGAAUACUUCUUCUACAAUAUUGCCUUCCUUUACUUUUAAUCUAAAGUAAAUUUUAUUUUCCGAUGGAUGCCUUACGGAAUAAGCACAGAAAUUUGUUUCUGGAAAACUUUCUAAAACGUAUGUUAGUAACGAUCCCAAUGUAUGUCCUUCAUCUUCAAAAAUGAAUGUUCUAUCUAAUUCAGAAGAUACCAUUUGUACAUCGUCUUCCAGUUCCUAAUAAUAUAUUUAUAAUACAAUUAUCCAUUUAAUUUAACCUGCUCAUGAAAAGUACCCGUACAGUCAAAUUUUCAUUAUCUGGAUACAUAAACUUUUCACUUAAUGAUAAAACAUUUAAAAAAAAUGCAUCAAAUUAACAAAUUUCACGUGCAAUGGGUAUGGAUAAAUUACAUUGCGAUAAAAUUAAUUUCAGCAUCUGGAGACUUAUAGCGUUUUUCACCUACCCUUACAGUGCAACACCCAGUACAGUGCGAGUGUUUGUGUCAGUGACGUCAUAUGAAUACUUAGCUGGAACACAAAAAAUUGUAAUCUACCAAAAACAAUUUAUUGAUUGGUUCUUUUGAUGUAAAAUGGAAAUAGUAACAAGUAGAUAAGCACUGUACAUUUAAUAAAUACAUUUUUUUCAUAUUGUUAUUGUAUUUGUCAUGGAGGGGGGGUGAAUGAAGAAAUUCUAGAGGGGGCAUUUUCUACCCUUGGAGUGUACCUAAAUUCAACAUUAGUUAUGGUCAUAUGAACAAUGGCUAAUAAAGGCCUAAAAUAAAUUCACACCACUACUUUAAUUGUUAUAAACUGGUUAUUUAAUACAAUAACUCUAAAACCAUUUAAAUUUACGAACUUAACUUUUUACAUAUUGUUCACAAUUCAUAGUCUAUACUAUACAAUAUACAAUAUUCAUUCC